UCCAUGCUCGUAUUUCAUUUAGUCAACACGACAGACAAGGACAUGGAUACAUCUUUUAAGAUAUUGCUAUAUUUUAUAGGCUUAACAACAUUAUGGACAACGGUAAACUGUUCUACUACAGGGGAUGCAGAUAUUCCGGAUUUUAGAACCGUACCAAGUGUCACUUAUGAUCAAGUCACGGCGGCAUAUGUCACACAAUUCCGGUUCUUCUGCAACUUCACCGAAUCAACAGACGAAGUAUUAUUUUAUGAAGCACACUGGUACGUGAACAACCGUUUUAUAUACAAUUCACCUUUAGCUGCUUAUAAUGAUCCAGCCAACGAACGAGUACUAACAGAAGCUAAACUACGGGAACAGGGUGUGAUUACGGUUGGCUUUGAUAUUUAUUGUGACAUUAGAGCAGGUAGACGCGCGAACGGAGCAGCAGGACUUCCAUCUACGAGUAAACCCAUAUUUAUUGGUAUAGAGGUUUUGACACCCGCGGUUACCAUUAAAGAGGGAAACUCUGGCCGGAUCUGGAUUAGAGCUACAGCUAGCAUUGGGUGUCCCGACGCACCAUGCAUAUAUGGUGUCACGGCCAAUAUACCAACAGGGUCUGAUACCUGCUCCCCAACAGUUCGUGCAGAUACGGCUUGUGGGGUGGCCAUUGAUCCUGACAAUUGGGAACAGAUUUACAGUAUCAAAGUUACUGGUACAAUUACUGAAGAUGGAUAUGGGCAACACACCAAUGUUAUGAAAAUCACACUUCGUUCUCCAGAUCGUUACUUUGGACACCUAAUAUGGGGAAAUUAUACUUUAGCCCCCGUUACGGUGAAUGUAAUAAAAGAUACUAAGGCUAUAGAAUCACGACAUUGCAUUGUAUUAAGCGGAGGAUUUGUUUUCACUUUCGGUAAAAGUGGUGUGUUACUUUCAAUUCCUGAAACAUUUACCAUGUAUCAGAAUAAUGACUAUAACAUAGAGGUUCAAAUAAAAGCCUACCACUGUUCUUACUAUGGGAAUCUCUACUGUGUUUGUGGUAUAGUCGUUCGAGUUGGACAGACAGUUUUUAUGAUAAAUCAUUGUUCCAUUGAUUAUUGGUUUAUUGAUUAUAUUCUGUGUAAUGAUGGUGGUGAUAUUCUCGACGUUAGAGGAAUUGAUGAUAUUUACAGGAUUAUAUUAUCAACAGGGGCAUAUUUUGAAAUAUAUAUUAAUAGUACGGGAUCAACCCUGAAUGUAUUUAUGAAUCCAUCUGUGGUAGAUUUUGGCGUGAGUGGAGGGCUGUGUGGUAAUUUAACUAUCAUGAAUUACAACGAAUUAGUAUUAAGAAGUGGAAGUAUAACCACUGACGAUGAAUCUUUCUUUGAUUCCUGGAGGACUCCUGUUGGUGAAGAUAUGUUUAAUUCAGACAACUUGGGUAUGCGCAGGGCGUGGCCUCCUAAUUAUACCACAUGUAAAUGCAAUUCGGUACCUGGUGGCGGCGUCACAAAUGAAAUCGAUUGUUCACCACACAACGAAUCAGUUACUUGUAAUGAGGAUGUAGACUUCAGAACAGUUGACAAGAAACGCUGCAUUUCACCAGCCCGCAAGACGGGAUCGUUACCCACAAUAAGAAACCGGCCCGUGAAUCAUAGACGAAAUAAAAGGAAUGUAAAUUGGAAGAAUGGAUGGACCCAUGAGUCUGCUACGGAUUAUUGUGACAAUCUCUUUAAGUCUUCAAAUAUGAUUAAUCUGUGUAAAGAGGUACCUGACGUCGAUGUUUCAUUUCCCAUGGCAAAUUGUGUUCUUCAUAUUCAGCUGAGUGGAACAACACAUUUUUCGUUGGCUGCUGUCAACUCUAUAAGAAGUCAGUGUUUACGUGAGGCUAGAAUGAAUGUUACUCUUCGACAGGAAACCAGUCCAGACAAACCGUCAGUGUUAGAAAUGGUGAAAGCUGUAGCUUGUCCUGCAGAGUGUUCUGAUAGAGGUGUCUGUGUUAAUGGUACCUGUGAUUGUAAUGAUGGUUAUUCGGGACCAGAUUGUUCUGUUGAUCUAAAUCAACCACCUCUGGUCGAUAGUCUGGAAGGGAACGGGUAUUGUGAUCGCAAAGAUGGCAGUUGUGAAGAGAUUGCAGUAUUUGGUGGACCUUUUGUAGAAUCUGACAAAUUCAAAUGCCGACUGCUGCUGCUCGAGUCAAACGCAGAAGCAGAGAUAACAAAUGCUCCAGUUGUUGAAAGUAUUGGUGAAGUGACGUGUCCACUACCAGUUAAUAGACAAAAACGAUCCGCAACUGUUCACGUUGUAGACGCAACAAUACCAAGCUACAGGGUAGCUGUGUCCAAUGAUGGACAACUCUUCAGUCGACAGUUAACAGUGGUUAUCAUGAAUUCUGAUUGCAUGAGCUGUUCGAUUGAUGACGCGACCGUGAAAUGUAGGAUUUUUGACGAUUAUUGUUAUACGGAGGAACGCUGUUAUAAAACUGGUGAAAGGUAUAUAAAUAAUGAUGACUACCAAUGUACCAACGGACAGUGGCAACUCACAAGUUCUAAUGGUGGCAACACAGGCUCCAAAGUUGGCACAACUCCUAAGAGUGGUGCGGAUUCUUGUUCCGCUAUACAACAACUCAAUUUAAUAAUGAUACUUCUUUGUUCAGCAGCCUACAUGCUUUAAUAUUUAAUCACCGGGCAAACGACGUUAUGAGUGAGGGAAUAUUGAAAUUGCUCUCACCUAAGAAAGAAAUUUCCGAUUUUCAUAUUUUUUUGUUUUCAUGGGUUUUUUUUACCUUCCAAAUAACACAUAUUCAAUAACGUU